AUGGACUCUUCAGAGCAGUCACAUCUGGCUGGCGCCUCGUCUCCGCUUGAUGUCAAGGUCCCAACAUCCUCGAGUAUCGUGGAUGUAAGGGUUCUUGAUACCAAUACACGCCUGUACCUGAAGCCGGGGGUAUUCUGGGAGCCAAUUUUAGAAGGCUUCGAGGGACCCAAUGCGCCCGUUUACUGCUUUCUUGUGUCUCACGGCAACCGACACAUCAUCUUUGAUCUUGGGGUGCGUACCGACUGGGAGAACUAUGCGCCCAAUAUAGUGAAGCUCGUCAAGGCUACUACGACGGUUUCAACUGGCGACAAGGACAUUGCGUCCUUGCUUGAUGACGACGACAGCGGCCUGGGUAUUCGUAGCUCUGACAUUGAGGCAAUUGUCGAUGCUGCUGGCCGGGUUGUACGCGAGAUCAGUUUCGACAACACAGGGCUGCGAGUUGGCCGUUUUGAUGCAUUCGACUAUUUCGGCGAUGGGUCUUUCUACCUCCUUAAUGCCCCAGGUCAUGCUACCGGACACAUGUGUGCUCUGGCACGCACGACUGUCGAUCCACCGUCCUUUGUUUUCAUGGGUGCCGAUGCGUGCCAUCACCCAGGUGUGCUACGGCCAUCGCAGUAUCUUACUCUUCCCCAGCCGACAUCUUCAGGAUCACAGUAUCUGAGCAGCUACGGCGGUUGUCCAGGAGAUCUGCUAACGCAACUGGGUAAAUGGAAGAAGAGUCUCCAAGAGCCCUUUUUCGAAGUGGCCCGUGGGCCCUUGUUCCCUGAUCAUGAUGCAGCCGUGGACACUGUCGCCAAGAUUCAGGAACUAGACGCUGCCGGCAAUAUUUUCGUUCUUAUCGCACACGACGACUCCCUGGGUGACAAAUUGCCACUUUACCCGGCUCGAUUGAACAAUUGGGAAGCAAAGGACCUGGGCAAAGCCACUCGGUGGUUGUUUUGUAAAGAGCUAGAACAUGUUAAGCCAUAA